AUGGAGUGCGCGGCGCACAGCGCGCACGAGGCGGCCCUGGCGCUCCGGAGGGGCAGGGCGACCACGCUCAGUGCGAGCGACAGCGGCCUGGGCGACCUCGGUGCUGAGCGUGUCGCCGUGGAGCUGGCGUGCAACCGCUCGGUGCAGACCCUGCGCCUGAGCGACAACGACAUCCGCGACGGCGGGGCGCGCACCCUGGCCGAGGCGCUGCUGGAGAACUCCGCCCUGACGGCCCUGAGCCUGAACCGGAACGGCAUCGGCCCGGAGGGCGCCCACAGCCUCGCGGCCGCCCUGUCCGACGGCGGAGGGCCGCUGACAGACCUCUCGGCAACAACGCCGUGGGGGACGUGGGAGCGGCGCACCUGGCGGCGGCCCUGCGGGGCAGCACCUCGCUUACGUCCCUUGACCUGCGCGUCAACCGCAUCGGCGACGCUGGCGCGGGGGCCCUCGCGUCGGCGCUGGAGGUGA